UACCGAUGUGGAUAGGGAACUGUUUGCCGCAUUCAAAGCCACGGACGAAGAAAAAUGCAAGAUAGCACAGACCUUCAGAGGAGAAGUUGGUCUGUGACUAUUGACACUGAUUUGUCAACAUUCGGAUUCUUCUCCGAGCGGGCUGGUCGCUGGAAACACACUGUCUUUAGGCGACUUGGUCAUCCUGUACACCACGUACCAGGUAGAGAUGGUCGUGCCUGGAUUUAUCAGUGAGAAGUUUCUGACCAUCCAGAAGCAUCGGGAACUGGUUCUGAAAAAGUGUCCGAAGUUACUGGAAUACCUGAAGACCCGAGGCUCCUUUCCACUUUAAUUAUACUUUCGUGCACAUAAUUUGACAGCGUUUCUCCCCCGUUUGUUAU